AUCACGACCAGCCCAUAGUCUUGCGUUUCCUUUGGCUUCCGGAUUGCCUCGCUUGGCACAGCAAUCCAGCAUUAUCCUGUCCUGAGCUGAGGGGCAGAAGGCGGUGGGAAGAACACACGGCGGACAAGACGCCAUCGACGAUGACUCUUGAGCAAUUGUCAAGUGGACUCCAUCAAGGCGAAAUGGAGGACAAACUGAGCACCUUAAAAGCCCGCAAUAAAAGAGUAAGGUGAGUGUACCUGGAGUCUAAUUCGUUCCUUGGAUGUCGCCAUCACCAAUCGAGAUGGCAUGUGUCUAAAGCCAGGCUUCCUUUGUCCUCAUUCUUCGGCCUUGUCUGCUCAUCCCCCUCUGGGGCGUGACAAUAUAAGGGGACGAGGCAUUUCCUCCAUUUUGGACGACUGCAUAGACAUCUCCGUCAAGUUCAAGUUUGAAGAAAAAAGUGGUUUUGGCUAUCCGAUUCCUUCCUUUCGGCAAAGCACCUCCUGGCGUCACACGUAAGACUGUGAACGCACAGCCCUUCUGUUUGGAGUAUCCUGUACUUGUGGAGAAGCGUCAGGCAACACGAAACACCAGUGACAUCAAAGCCCGGAGCCUUUUUGCGUGCUCGGCCCUGUCCAUUGUCCUGUGUACAGCUCAUCCCGACCGUCUAGGAUUGGAGCCAGCCUGCCACCUGGACCGAACGAAAUACCUCGUUCUGCCUCGACCUCACACCAACUUGACGACCUUGAUAGCAAGAGUCUGAAGGCCCUCAAGUUUGAUACGUGAUAUUCUGAAUAUCUCUCUCGAGCCGACUUCUCCGGCACGUCUCAAUUGGUCGUUGGGGGGAUGGAAGGCUUCGCAAAACACUCGUCUGGGUCGCCGCCACUACAUAGCCCAGGUUCAGUCGAUUCAGAUUCUGGCCGAUCGUCAAUGGGAAGAAAGACGUCGACGUCGUCCUCUGCAUCUACACAACCCAUCACUCCCAUCUCACCUCGCCUGUCUCCCAAGGUUCAGCUGGUCCCUUACGCCCGGACUGCCAGCUUCGACAUUUCUCUGUCGGAAGCGGAGCGAGAACUGUUGGACAAGGCCUCGACCAAUUUCGAUGCUCUCGACCUGUCGUCCAAGGACUUUGACUUUGAAGAUAUCUUCACGUAUGACAAACCUCAAAAGAAACUCACCAGAGGCGUGGUCGAGGUGUCCAGACCGACUCGAGACUACCGAGACUGGUCCUCCUUCUCUUUCUCCCACUAUUCGGCAGCCGUGAACGCUCGGCAGAAGGUCAACAAAGCUAAAUCGGGGAUUGGGGGGUUGUACCUGAAGAACAAGGCGGAUGCACAAAAGUCUUGAACAAUGAGGACAGGCUGGGUUUGGAGUUAGGGAACUAGGCGUUGGUACUUGGCGUCACGGAUGUCGAUAUCUCUGGGUCUCUUUGGGUCUCUCCUCUCGCAAGACGUCCGCCCUCACCUCGAUCCGACCGACACAGGCGAUUCGAUUUCAGACCGGUAUUCUUGCACAUGGAGAGACACGGCGGUCCGUCUGCUGGCAAUUCCAAGGCGUCCGAAACCCCCUCAACGAGAGGAAAGGAUAUUCGUGACUCAAAAAGUCGAUGGCGUUUUGGAUUCCCAAAAGAAAGGAAACAUAACACACAACAAGCAAUUGGAGCUUGGACUCGGAUGAAUCAUUUCGGGAUCAAAUCCAUUCGAGGAUUAGCAUGAUAGACACGAUAUUUGAUCACUCAAAAUGACAACCUGCAGAAGGUUUUGCGCUCGCAUGAAAAUGAGCCUGGAAAUACCUAUCUCAUUCAAGAAGGUAGUAUGCAUAAAGCUAAGUGGCCGGUAGACUCCUUGAAUACGAUUUCGCUUGGGGAUGCCCUAUUUUCAGCCCGGAACCACACUCCCAUGCGAGAGGGCCGGUGCCACGUUUCGGUGUUGGUCUGGUGAAAGAGCACGAGGCUUUAAGAGGCUAAAGUCGUAGCUUCGCGAGGUGGUUCUAAGAAUGAAUAUAGCG